CGCUGCAACUCCACAGUCCCAGUGCCACGGUGCAAAGGGUGGCAUUAACAGCGUCCAGCAACGUCCGCCACAGAAUGACACCGCCCGACCGGACCGGAUGGAGCGGGCCCCGCACAGAGCGUGUGUGCUUGUGCCUGUGAGUGUCCGUUUCGGUAGUAAAAUUGCUAAUCCAUUCGCUGGCCCCAGGUCCGCCAGUGCGACUGGCUGUUCAGGUUGUUUUCUGCUCGGCCGUACACGGGCGUGCGCAAAAACGAUGUGCGUUCACGGAAGUUUAAUUGUACCGCUGCUGGUGCUGCUCGUGGCGUUAACGCUCGGGCCCGCACUGUCGGCCAGUCCGUCCGUCGGGCCGGUGGUCAAGGGCGAGCAGACGGAACGGAACGGCACCGGCACCAUCGCCACAGCCGCCGAUGUCUUGGAGCGGCGGCCAGCGCCGGAGUUUGAAGCUGUCGCGAGCGCGGACGUACAUCACCCGCGGCCGAAGCGCCGCACGAGGGAGGAAAAGAACAACAUUGAAUCAAGUAUAUCGCUCUGGGAGUGGCUGAAGGGACGCGACAAACCGGAGGACAACUGCAUGCUGAUGGCGAUCGGUGGUGUGGCGAGCGGUGGCGCACUGACCGGAGCGUUCGUUGGAGCGGGCAUCGGGAGCAUCUUUACCGGGCCGGGCGCAAUCGUGGGCGGCAUCAUCGGGGGGCUGGUCGGUGUGUUCGGUGGGCUUAGUGUCGGUGCCCGGGCCGGUGCGGUGGCGUGUGAAAAUGUCUGACCCCGGGUCUGACCGUUGGUGGCGCUUUUCUGGAGCAAUAAAAUUCGUUUAAGUGGAAAACCAAGGAGCUCUGUGUGUGUGUGAGUGUGUGUAUACUGUGGUUUGGAAAGCGGUGAAGGAGCCACCCGAAGGUUCCAAUUUAAAGGUGCACAUCGCCAUAAAAAAGAAGGUCGAUAACGGGUCCUCCCGUACACCUAGAUGGUCACCAACUUUCUUCCUCUUCAGCAAGCGCCGGCAAAACGGGGAAGGCUCUUAAGGCAAACAGAAGCCAUUACAAUUCCUGUGUCGCAUUUGCCAUCCAUUUAACCCAUUGUUUCUUGAACGUGGUCGUGGUACAAUGUGUGGCUAUGUGUGUGCGUGUGUUUAUGUGUGAGUGUGUGUAAAUUGUGGUCCACAUGUGUGGAUGCUUCCAGAGCCGGGGCCCAAAGACAAGGGACAAGUGUAUUCUUACAUAAAACAUAAGGGGCUUGUAGAUUACUUCCCCGUCGGUCGGAGCUCGGUCCCUGCAUGCGUUUGAGUGUGUCUGGGGCUAUAUUUUUCGUGUUACUUUUAUUUAUCACCGAAGCACCAUUCACCUUCACCCAAGCACACUGCCUGUGCUGUGGUGCAUUCGCUGUACGGGAGCUGGAAUUCCUGUAGUACCCCAAUGAAGCGGAAGGAAAGCAUUCAUAAGUAAAACGCACCACGGCACUCUCGUCAUCAAUAUUGCAUGUAUGAUUGUUAUGUACACAUACAGACACACACACAUACACGUGCUUGGUACACACACACUCUCAAGAGGGUGGCAAAUAAGAAAAGAAAACACACUCAAUCGCAUUCGUGCGGACCGCAGUUUACACAUGGGGUCCUUGCCCCACAACGGGCGACCAUAUUUAUGUCGUUACAUGCGAGGAUGCCCAGAGGAGAGAACGUUCAGGAAUCGACAGAACGAAGGUAGGCGCUGCGGUUCAAUGGAGCUUUACAUUUUACAAGCGUCAGCAACGCCCAUACAACAAAUAAACACAUUCCGGCACCGCCAACCACCGGAAACAAAACCUGAAAGCUAGCCUGCAAAUGUAAACACUUUAACCGGGAUCGAGCUGAUUUGCUCGGAGGAAGAGGCGCAAAGCAAAAGAGUUGGUCGAGUGCGAUCCGCACAGCAAACAGGAAACGCGCACACGUUAAGAGAGUACCUUGCAGGCGCGUGUGUCACAGAUCAGUUUGUUGGGCAAAACUAGUCGCAUCCGGUCGCAUUGGUCGAGAACUUUACACAUUUCUACUGCACGCAUUCACCGUGCUCCCCCCUUCCCGAGCCGCACUUUGCCGUUUGUAACUGCAGCGUCGAUUGUGUUGACAGACAGCGGCACAAUAGUGCGCGCCAUCAUCGUCGCGUGUAAAUUAAUGGGAACCACUCUCACUCUAUCGCCUCCCUUUGCUUGACGCGUUUGAUGUUUUGUCGUGGGUCGUGGGUUUGGCGCGUUUGGAACCGCGGGAGACGAGAUUUAUUCACCACUGCAAAGCAGAAAUUCCCAUUCCGGUUGUAAUUUCUCCUCCCCCUUUUGGCUACGAUUGGUGCGAAGUUAUCUAUUUAUAGGCCUUGGGGGUAGUGCUGGUGUUCCGGUGCAGAGGUUGGCCGCGGAAGUGCUUUAAUGGUACUCAUUAUUGCGGUGCGGUUGCUGAGUUGGAUCUUUUGAGUGGCGCACCGGUGGGCGCAUGGGGCGGGGGUAUAAUUUAGCGAUUUUAGAUUAGUUAUUGUAGCUGGUAAUUAGUAGUGGUUGAUCGGUCAUCAUUAAAGGAUGAGACUGAUUGUGGUGCUCAUUGCGGAGGAUCUUAGGUCUAAGACGCGUACGGUGUAUGCAUACAAUUAAGGUCAAUAAAAUAUCAUUAGUUUAUUCGAUUUUGUUGACCACUUAUCUGGACAGCUCUUUAUAUAAUUAUAAAUG